UGGUUGAUACCUUACGUGAGCAAUGUGGGGGGGUUUUGCAUUUCACAGAUGCUUCCAUCUUCAGUUCUUCAUCAUCAGGUCAGGGUUGCAUACCCAUCCCAAUAAACGAGAUGCAUCACUAAAAAGCAAGUAGUGUCACAGAUCUCGAUUCGAAAUCUGUGGUUCAUCAAUAGGAUUUGACUACACACUUGUGUGAGACUGAGAGAAAUGGAGAACGAGAAGAAAUCUUCACCCGUCUCUGAUGUGGGUGCAUGGGCUAUGAAUGUUAUAAGCUCUGUUGGAAUCAUUAUGACCAACAAACAACUCAUGUCCUCCACCGGUUAUGCUUUCACCUUCGCCACAACAUUAACAGGAUUCCACUUUGCUGUAACUGCACUUGUGGGGUUUGUAUCAAAUUCUACUGGCUACACUGCAUCAAAGCAUGUUCCAUUGUGGGAACUCCUCUGGUUUUCAAUUGUUGCAAACAUGUCCAUCACUGGGAUGAACUUCAGCCUCAUGCUAAAUUCAGUCGGAUUCUACCAAAUAUCGAAACUAAGCAUGAUUCCGGUGGUAUGUGUAAUGGAAUGGAUCCUUCACAAUAAGCAUUACUCAAAGGAAGUUAAAAUUUCUGUUCUGGUUGUGGUUAUCGGCGUGGGUGUUUGCACUGUGACUGACGUCAAAGUUAAUGGUAAAGGCUUUAUAUGCGCUUGUGUAGCAGUUGUGGCGACAUCAUUGCAACAAAUUUCGAUAGGGUCAUUGCAAAAUAAGUACUCGGUUGGAUCAUUUGAAUUGUUGAGUAAGACGGCUCCAAUUCAGGCCCUCUCGCUUCUUGUAUUUGGUCCCUUUAUCGACUACUAUCUGAGUGGAAAUUUUGUAUUAAGUUACAUGAGGACCAUAUCUUCUGGAGCGAUUUUGUUCAUACUCCUUUCAUGCUCCUUGGCAGUUUUCUGCAACAUUAGCCAGUACCUUUGCAUUGGGCGUUUCUCAGCAGUUUCGUUCCAGGUUUUAGGUCAUAUGAAAACAGUGUGUGUCUUGACCUUGGGCUGGCUCUUAUUUGAUUCGGAGCUGAGCUUAAAGAACAUUUUGGGGAUGCUUGUUGCAGUUGCUGGCAUGCUUAUUUAUAGCUGGGCAGUGGAGCUUGAAAAAGCAGCAGCUAGCUUAAGCUUAACCCAAGAGGAAUUAAAUUUAUUGAAAAACCAGCCUCCUAUCAAGGAUUAUGAGCUUGGUCAUGAAUCUAAAUAGAUUAAUUAACAUUAUAUUUUUGAUAUUUAUUUCAGUUGUCAUUUGUACAGUGUACAAUGAACACAAGCUAUUUAUAUUCCUUCACUUAAUUGUUGAAUUGAAUCACCUUGCUCAAAUUCUA